AUGGCUCUGUCCCGAGCUUUGAGGCUGCCGUGCCGGCACUUUUACCCUUCGAGAGCUCCCCUGAGCAGCCUGCCCGGCCGUGGCCGCAAUCGGCUGACAGAGAAGAAGGCAGCAGCAAAGUGGAAGGAGAAGAAAAAGUCCACGGAGGGUUGCAACCUGCCAGGUUCCUCCUGGGAGGACAGGUUAGCAAAUGCAGUGACUCCACUGUGGAGACUUCCCUACCAAGAGCAGCUGCAGGUGAAGUAUGAAAGCCAGAGGAGGGUUUUGCAGACACUGGCAUCUCAUCUUGAGGAGCUGGGCACAGGUGCACGGAAAGCAGGUGGACUCUGCUGUCCUCUCCAGCCUGUGGUCCCUUCGCCCAUCACCCAUGGCUACAGAAACAAAUCUACUUUCUCUGUGAACCGAGGACCAGACGGGAACCCCAAGACCGUGGGGCUGUACGUGGGAACUGGCAGAGCAAGGAAUAUUGUCUGUGUGAAAGCUGACCACAUGAAGAACAUACCCUCAAAACACAAACAAGUAGCCCAGUGCUACGAGGAGUUCAUCCGUCGCUCCUCCCUGGACCCCUGCAUCCUCUUCCACAAAGGAGGACACUGGCGAGAACUUGUGGUUCGCACCACCAGCUGUGGCCACACCAUGGGGAUCAUCACCUUCCACCCCCAGGAGCUGGGCCAGGAGGCACUGUCUACUCAGAAAGCACUGCUUAAGGAGUUCUUCACAUCUGGACCUGGAACAGUCUGUGCCUUGACUUCACUUUAUUUCCAAGAGAGCACCAUGACACGCUGCUCCCACCAGCAGUCCCCCUUCCAGCUCCUUCAUGGAGAGCCACACAUCUUUGAAGAACUGCUCAGCCUGAAAUUCCGCAUCUCUCCAGAUGCCUUUUUCCAAGUAAACACGAGUGGAGCAGAAGUUCUGUACCAGGCAGUCGGGGAGCUGUGUCAGGCUGGUGGGGACACUGUCCUCCUUGACAUCUGCUGUGGAACAGGCACAAUUGGUCUCUCUCUGGCUCGCCAAGUGUCCAAGAUUAUUGGUAUUGAGGUUGUGGAGAAGGCAGUAGAGGAUGCCAGGUGGAAUGCAGCAUUCAAUGGGAUUUUGAACUGUGAGUUUCACAGUGGGAAGGCAGAGGCUGUGUUACCACAACUCCUGUCAUCGUGGGAGGAUGCCCGACCCCUUGUUGCUGUGGUGAACCCGUCUCGGGCUGGGCUCCAUCCCAGGGUUGUGCGAGCCAUCCGAAACUGCAAGUCCAUCCGAAGGCUGCUCUAUAUCUCCUGCAAGCCUGAGGGUGAAGCCAUGAGGAACUUUCUGGAGCUGUGCUGCCCACCUGACCCAGGGAAGAAGCUGGCAGGAGAGCCAUUUGUCCCCGUGUUGGCUGUGCCCUUUGACAUGUUUCCUCAUACUGUUCAUUGUGAGCUGGUGCUGCUGUUCACACGCUGA